AUUCAUACACAUGACAGACAGCGUAUUGCACAAAAGUUGUACAUAUAGAUUUCACUGAAGUCGAACUUAUUCAGUAUUACUGUUUACAUGUAUUUAUGUAUUUUAAAGUGACAUUAUACCUAAAGAUGUCAACAGAUUCAAACUUUUGGAUCGAAUUUUAGAAAUAGAAAAAAGAAGAAUAGAGCUAUUGUUGUCACUCUUCUGUCUGCGUCAGUGAUGACGUUGGCAUUGGCAUCCGCGUCCGCGUCACAGGGUUUUGCACAAACGCAUAUCUCUCUAGAACUAGGUUUAAUGUUUUCAAGCUUUGCACAUGUAUUAAACACAUGAGUUGACUUCAUUGGACCUCACAAGCUAUAUUACUAGCUUUUAUUUUGUCAAACUUAUAUCCCUUUUUAAUUUAGAAUUUCAGGUCAUGUUUUGUAUAUAAGCAGCUUUCUAAAAAAAAUCCUGGUUUAAUUCUUUCCCAAUUAAUAUAAUUAUAUAUAUAUGAUAACCUCACUGAGCAAGAUGCAUAGAUUUUGUUUAUUCUUAGCAAAUGACCCUCUUUAACUAAGAAAUGUUUUUAAAGUUGUGUAUGUAAUUAGGUUUCUCAAAGACUACUUGGAAAAUACUUUCAAACUUCACUCAUGACUAAGAAAUAAUAAGAUGGUCUCAUGUGGCAAGAAACAUAACUUUAAAAUUUAAUCUCUUAAAAUCAUGCACAAUUUGUACAUAGAAACUUUGAGACAGUUUUGCAUAUAAACGUCUUUCUCAGGAAUUACUUGACAAUUUUUUCAGAUUCUCAAAACAUCUUAGGCAUGAUGGGAUGACCUCAUAUGACAGUUUUCAUAAUUCAGACAUAUAUUUUAGCACAAUUAUGUAUUUUUUUAACUUAGAAGUUAUGCUCAAGCUUUUGUAUGUAAGCUAGCUAGAUUUUAUUUGAAGAGCUUCAAGCAGUCUCGAGCGUGUUAUCAUUAGACAGCUGUUUUUUAUUACAUGUGGACUCUUUAAUUUGCAUUUUUAUUUAUAGGUAAUUCGUCAUGAAAAACAUAUGUGUGCUUGCUAUGUUAAUAGCUGCUGCUAUAGCGCAGUCGCCCUUUCGUUUGAAACGACAUAUCCGUGGAUUAGGUGGUCCGCUUGGCUACUAUGGAUCUCAUCGUUUUCAAUACGGAAACCAUGUCUUUAGUGUUGGUCGCAGGUUUCGAGGAUUUCAUGGAUUCCAUGGUGGUAAUCAUGGAUUAAGUAGUGGUAUUUUUGGAUUAAGAGGUGGUAUCCAUAGAUUUCAUGGAUUCCGUGGACUUGGAACUUUUGUAGGACACAGAUUUGGCUUUGGUGGAUUUGACGACUAUGACUUUGAUGGUGGCUUUGGCAGCGAUGGAGAUUUCUUAGACGGUGAUGAAAGCUUCUUUGGCGGUUUUGACGAUGACUUUGGCGACUAUUACGGGGAAUUUGACGGUGAUGACGGUGGCUUUGGCUUCGAUGACGGUGGCUUUGGUGGUGAUGACGGUGGCUUUGGUGGUGAUGAUUAAGAGUGUCGGGCUGAACGGAAAAUCUCGUCUGCUCAUCUUUCAGGAGUUAACUAAUUUCUUCGUGCCUCCAAUUGUUCAGACACUUUCAUUUAUUCUGAAAUAGUUACUUCUUUGUAUUUACUCUUACUGUAGUUAUAUAUUAUCAUAUGGCUUGAGAACUGAAUCGAACGACUUAUUAUAGUUUUAAAGAUUUUAAUCAAAAUGUGUUGAAUUGUGUUUAUCAGAUUUUUAACUCAUAGUGUAAAAAUUCUGAAAAUGGCAUGUAAUGCAUAAUGCCGAAUUGAAGCACUACAUUCAAAUCUUACUAGCAGUUAGGUUAUUCUUUUCUUAAUCGAAGAAAUACGGUUAAAAUGGCUGUGCAUUUCAUCUUCAUGCGUAGUAUGUUUGACCCUCAAAAUGAUUUUGUUCACAUAACGUCGAUGAUUAAGAAUAACAUAAACUUAUGGAUCGUCUGCUUUAUAGAGACCCCCGUUUAAGUUUAUGUAUGUUCGUUUUAAUGUGUUAUAUUAAUUAACAAAAUAAUAAGACAUCUAUUUAAUGCUUAUAGAAAACAGGAUUUUGCAGAUUCUGACAAAUUCACUUGUUUUACAAUAUAUGCUUGCUGAAAGUGAUUUAAUCUUAUAGCCAUAUUGAUAUUGUGUAUUUUUUAUAAUUUGGCAUUUUCUGUAUAUAAAUGAUCACAGGUAUAAUUAUAUGCGGAACUAACAGCAAUCUUAUUUAUUGUAGCAGAUGC